AUGCGCAGGGCCGUGCCCAAGCCGAGACACGAGAUCACCUGGAUUAUUCAAUGGCCAAGGGAAGUGGCUUGGGACACGCCCCUGCGUGAUUCGCUGCGGGAGCUCGUUGAUGGCACCGUGACCGACGUCACCGUCGAGAUGAACGGCAGCAAUCACGACGACUUAGUUUCGGGACUCGAUGCUCCCGUCUGCGAAGUGGUCGUGUUACGGUUCAAGCCAGGCACGCCCGUGCUCGACGACACCAUCCUCGAAUCGGUGCACAAAUUGUACACAGACUGCUUCGACAUGCUGGGCUUCGUCGGCGGCGACUGGGGUUUUGCGACCAACACAACGCUUGUCGAGGGCGAGACGGCGGCGCCGGCGGCGACGACCGUCGUUUGCUUGCCACCCAAGGACAGACUGCUCUCGGUUUUCCUUCUUGGAUGGGAGAGCAUCGAGUUGCACGAAGAUGCGACCAAGACGGCCUUGUUCGCCGAGGAGCUCGGCAAACUUGGUCCACAUGUGGACAGCAGCAGUGGCGCAUGGUACGAGGUCGACAUGUACCUUUUUUCCCCUUAG